UGCAUUCGUGAGAAGUCACUUUUCACAUUAUGGCAUUUAAAAUGAUAUACUUUAUAGGAUUAGUGUUGUUGGCAAAUAGCAUCUUCUGUUUUUCUAAUCGAUCGCCUAAAAGAGGUCCAUCUCCGUGCAAUUGGCCCUAUGUAUCUAGAUGUCUGAUAAAUUUUAAACCCACUUUUGGAUUUAAACUUUAUUUUCCAGUUAUACCUGUAAGUUUUAAAAAGAAUGAUGAUAAUUUACAAAUGGGACCUAGCCUCUUUUCUUUUCCUGAAAAAAUGAAAAAUGAACACUCAGAUUCUGGCAAAGACGAAAAGCAGGAUUCUUUUCUGCACGUUAGCGCAGGAGAACAAUCCAGAGACAUAUCUGACGAUAAAAUCGAUCAAGUAACGACUACUAUUCCUAAUGGCAACAAUAUCAUUUUAAAUGAUUUUAAUGUGUUUAAUACGCAAAUUAGCACCAAUAGUGACAUAGAUAUAGAAUAUACCACUAACUAUGGAAAUGAUAAUACAAUUACUACCACUGAAGAGGAAGAUGUAACUACUGAAGGAAUCUUUAAUCGGUUGUCGGAUAUUCCACCAGCAGUAUUAGCGACGUUUUUGGGGUGAUUUUUUCGUAAUUUAAUUUAAUUUAAAAAAUAUU